AUGGACAUGCUGGACUGCCCGGGAAGGGGUGGAAACAACAACGACUCGGGACAGAUGCCGAUGGGUGACGGCACUGGCUGGGACGUCCCCAAGAUCUCGAACAACGGCACCAUGAGCCUGCCUGGUUUUUUCCCCUGGGGCUCAAUGUUGAGUGAGCUCGGGCGCAUGUGCGAACAGCCGCUUGAAUCGAAGACCACCACCACCACCAGGGCGCAGACGACUCAGCCUUCCCAGCCCACAGCAAAGCCGCUCAAGCAGCCCGACGCCAAGCACAACAGUGUGAAAUGCUACGGCGAGGGGCGCAAGAUGAGCAACAUCCGGCUGCAGAACGGCAUCAACUCCUUCUGCAAGAACAUUGGCUCCGACGUUGGCGUCCAGGCCCGCGACCUAGAUGGCAGGGCCGCCGCCGGGCAGCAGCAGCUCCUGGGCGGCUACAAGAAGGAGUCCAUCAAGCCCUUUUCUGGACAGGAGGAGAUUAGCUUCAGCUUCGAGGUGCUCAACGGCUGCUCGUGGACGUUCAGCAUGGACGAGUGUACGCGCUACUUCAAGACGCCCGUCGAUAGCUGUAACUGUGGAGGGGAGAAUGGUAAGCAGGGCGGGUAUGGGAGUAACAACUGCCUUAGGUGGAAGACUGAUCCGAAUCGCUCGGCGUACUAGUGGUUCUCGAGAAGGAC